AUGAAAUUUAAACAGACGAAUACAAAAUGAUCAUCAUCCAGGAGAUAACCUAAUUGACCGGGUGACAAUGUUAUUUACGGUUAAAUAUGGGAGCUAAACGACAACGAGUGAAUCCAACGAAGGAUAAUUUUCCGUACAAGGUUGAACUGCACGUACAUUUAGAUGGAGCGUUCCGGCUUUCUACUGUCCUUGAAAUAGCCAGACGCAGAAAAAUAGAGGUUAAUGAAACAACCCUGGAUGAAUUCCGCAAGAGCAUUUGUGUGUACCAUGCGCAUUCGUUGUACAAAGUCCUCGCUUCUUUUGUCGUAUUCAUGCCCAUAAUAGCUGGGGACCGAGAAGCAAUUUCGAGACUGGUGUAUGAAUUUUGUGAGGACUGUGCACGAAAUAAUAUCAAAUAUGUUGAAGCAAGGUAUUCGCCACAUCUGUUGGCUAGCAGCGAACCGAAACCGGAGUACGCGUUGCAGCACGGUGAUCUUACGCCCCGGGAAGUAGUUCAAAUUGUUAAUGCCGCGAUACACAAAGGAUCAAAGGAAUUUAAAAUAAGAGUGAAGACAAUAUUGUGUUGUAUGCGACACAGACCAGACUGGUCUGAGGAUGUUGUAGACUUAGCGCAGGAGUUCAGGAAAGAUGGCGUCGUUGCCAUAGAUAUUGCUGGCGGAAGUAACGAUGAUAGUGUCGGUGUUGAAUAUAUUCAUGCAGAUCAUAAGAAAGCUUUUACUCGCGCCAAACACCUUGGACUGCAUAUAACCGCCCAUGCUGGGGAGGCGGGGUCUGCUGCGAAGGUCAAGGAGGCGUUGGAUGACUUACAUGCGGAAAGAAUAGGGCACGGGUAUCGCGUGCUUGAAGAUGAGAUAAUAUACAAGGAGGUACGCGAGAAACACGUGCACUUGGAAACUUGUCCAAUAUCGAGUAUAUGUACUGGGGCGGUACCGGAAGAUAUUCAUCAACAUCCAGUAGUCAGGUUUGCAGAGGAUAAGGCAAAUUAUUCACUAAAUUCUGACGACCCGUUUGUGUUUGACAGUUGUCUACUUGAUGACUAUAAUGCUGCAAAAGAAAUGGGACUGACGGACGAACACAUUAUACGAUCAAUCUUUAAUGCAGCUAAAUCCUGCUUUGCGACCGAGGAAGAAAAGAAAGAAAUGUUGAAAGACCUUGCAGACACUUACGGCAACAUAUACACAGACAUAUAAUAGAGAGAUAUUAUACAUGUAUAGUAAAGCUCUGAUAUAAAUAGUAUACGAAUUCUGAAAAGAACAAACUAACUACUUCUAAACAUAAUAAGCAGAAAUUAUAUCGCGAACUUAUUGGAACGAAUGAUUGAACAUCAAUUUUUACUUGCCCCUUGAAAAGGGUAGUUGACAAUUAUUACAACUACGUUAUCUUGUAUUGCGUGUCUGUAAUCAGGUGAUUUUACAGUGUCUGUGCUGACAGUUUUAAGAUGGCUAAUUUCUAUAAAAUCAUAGUGUUAAACAUAUCCAUGGUCAUAUGUCACUAAAAUAUUUUUUCUUUAGAUACAAGUAUUCACUUCAAAUGUAGAAAAUCCUGAUCAAACGAGUUUAACUUGACAUAAUAUAUAUGUUACGCGCAUAUAGCCAAUCUGCGCAUUUGGUAAAUCGCGCAGCGCAAAUAACCAAUUUGUUAUCUGCGCAACGAUUUGUAAAUCGGGCAACCUUAUAUAUUUCUUAUAUGCGCAGGGUAACUGUUUUGCGCGUUUGGUAAAUGAGUCUGCGCUUUUAUACAUUAAUUAUGUUAUAGAGAUACAUUCAUGAAGUGUGUACUAUUAUAAAUCUAAUGCAUAGUACUGUUAAUAUACCUACUUUUUCAUUAUGAACUAUAUGAUGUAAUAAUAAAUUAAAUUAAAUUAAAUUGUUCAUAUAUUUUAAAUACAAUGUAUAAAAUUUGAUUCUAUUAUACCUUUAAAAUUUAGGGUAAAAAAGAUAAGAAAUUACGCUAUUUUCAUCAGAUGCCAUUCAUAUAUUUUAUAAUCGUGUGAAACUUUGGUCAGUGAUAUGUCCAUUUGUACACUGAACUUGCAUAUAAUUGUAGCAGAUAUAUAAAAAAGCAUGAAAUCCUUAUAUACAAUUUUUGUUUCUUAAAGUCGC